GAUGGAGUCACCACACUCAAGGUUGUCCAUGCUCAUCUCCUCCCGCCCAACCACACCGCCGGACUCUCCCCCUCCUCCGCCGCACACGGCGCCAGUGUCCGUGCCUUUCAAGUGGGAGGAAGCACCCGGUAAGCCUAGGCAGCCUUGCCACGUGGACACUAUCGAAAAGGAUAGCAGCAGAUCGUUGGAGCUUCCUCCGAGGUUGUUGUUUUUAGAGUACUCCAACUCCAACAUGGACGUGCCUUCUCCCACCACCGUCUUGGCUGGGCCUUACGUGGGCCGGGCCAUGUCCUUCACCACUUCCUACAGAACUCCCCGCGACACUCACAAUUCUUUUUCCACUUUUGGGUCUGCAAGGUUUCCCACUUCCACCAACAUCCCCCACCAUCAUCCCGAGGGCACUUUCGACUUUUUCCCUCCUCAUCAUAAUAAGAAGGUUAAGUUCCCACGCCGCUACUUGAGCCUCUCUAACAACCACUCCAACACAAACUCACAUUUUUGGGCAAGCAUUUAUGAAAGCUUUAAGCAAAUGGUCCCAUGGAAACGCAAGCAAGAAAAACAAAGAAAACGAGCUUAUUAAUAUUGAGUUUAUCUUUAAUUGACCUUUUACAUGUCACGGUGGUUCUCUUAAUUAUUACUAUUGUUAUUAUUACUACAUUUAUCUUUAUUAUGCAUAGUCCAAAUAUUUUGCUUAGCAAAAUAUAUAUUAUUAUAGAUGUAAAAAUCAAUGCAAAUAUAUGUAUUUGACUGUCUAAUUAUAAAGAGACAUAAGGUGCAGUAGUUGUUUUCU